AUGGACCUACGCAUUGUUCUGCUUGGGGUGGAGGGUUCAGGAAAAAGUGCAUCUGGGAACACCAUCCUGGGAGGCCAACAUUUCCAUGUCAAAUCUAAAUCAGAUAGUGUGACUCAGAGGUGUACCACUGGUACAGGGUCUCUGUCUAAGUAUAGGGUUUUGGUUGUGGAAACUCCUGGAUGGAGUCAGACAGAUACCACCGAGGAUGAGAUAGUUCAGGAGAUGAACAAAUGCAUAGAGAUCUCAAAUCCUGGUCCCCAUGCGUUUUUACUCACUGUGCCUAUUGGUCGCUUCACUGGGGAACAGAUCAAAAUGGUUCAGAAAAUUGAGGAGGUCUUUGGGAAAGAAGUCACCAGAUAUAUGAUUGUUCUGUUCACCCGUGGUGAUGACCUAGAUGACACAAGCAUAGAAUGUUAUGUAGAAAAUGCCCAGAGUGAACUGAAGAGUCUGAUUGGCAAAUGUGGAGGAAGAUACCAUGUAUUUAACAACAGAGAGAAGAACAACCAGGAACAAGCGAUUCAUUUGCUGCAGAUAAUUGAGGCCAUGGUGAAACAAAACAAUAGCCAGUGCUACACAAAAUCAGUGUAUGACAAUGCGCAAGAUGAAAGCAGACAAAGACAGGCUCAGUCACAAAGGGUCAGAAAGACAGCUCCUAAUCCACCAACUAAAAGAAAUGCUCAAGGCCAGGAACACAGAAAACAGAGGGAAAAAACAGCAAUGUCGCCAAACAAGCCAAUGACUGAAGCUGAAGCAGAGAGGACACCUGCUGUAAGACAAAGUGCUGGAGAAGCAGAAGCCCUGAAAAUACAACUGGAAGAGACUGAAGUACACUGGAGAACAAAACACAUCGAGUUGCAGAGAGAAAGAGAUGAAUUACAGUAUCAGCUGAAACUGGCAGAGCAAAAGUACCAGAUGUUAAAACACGAAACUGAUCUGGAAAGGGAACGUUUCAUCGCGUCUCAGAACCUCAAAAAUGAGAGCGAAGAAUACAACCAGAGGGUGGAGAGAUUUCAGCGAGAGCAUCAAGAGGAAAUGAACCAACUGGAAAACGAUGCUGGUGCUGUCCGUCAUGUCAAGCCAAAAUCAAAACAUAGGGGAUGCAUUCCUAAAGAGAGUAAACGAUCAAACAACAGAGGAGGGGGACUUGGAGGUUACUUCAACUGUGUUAUUUCUUAA